AUGCUCGUUUCCGCCUCUGGUGUGAAAGAGCCUCGAAGCAUGUGCUGGGGCGGAAACGAAGACGUGGCAGGGAUGUUGGAAGCUGGGCUGUACUUUGCAUCGAACGAGCACAGGGAGCGGACAGGCAACGAGAAGCUCGCGAGACUGGAGGAAAAAAUGGAGACGGUGGUCGAUUGGGCCAAGUGCGGCUACGUCGAUUUUAGCAAGUUUGAUUUUACCCCAGUGCUGGACGAGAACCCUGGACGCAGCCAGGAUGAUGUGCAGCUUUUCCUGUUGCAUGACAUGGUGACAGCGUUGGCGUUGACCUUCGCUGAGGAUUCGCAGCAGCGAGACGCUACAUUCCGAAAGCGCACGGGCCAUUACACAGCGCCUGGACGAGAGCUUCGUGCUGAUCAGUUCCCUCCUCUGCGAACGGAAGGGUCGCAAUGUGAAAGCUCACACAAGUCACUCCUGGGGAUACUUCCUCCGGGGUUCAACAAGGCAGCACCCUCGAGAGAUUAUCCAGCCAAGCAGAGGAGAAGGCCACCCCCUUGCCGCCCCCUUGCCGCCCCCGAGCCGAGUCGUAGGAGUAGGGGCGACCAGGACACCAAAGUGGAGAAGCUAAGCGAAAGAGUCCAAGCAUCCGAAGAGAUGCUCCAGCAGGCGGUGGGCUGA